AUGGCCGAAGAAGAAGUAGACUGGGAUGAUGACUGGCGAGGAGCAGGUCAGCCUCAUCCGGAAAUAUCAGGAAAUGAGAAUGGAGAUGAAACUGAAAAUGGGAAUGGCAAAGAUGACGAUGCUGUGAUUUCGUUAGAUGGAGAUGGGGUGGAAGAGGUAGCUGAGGUGGAACCUACGCCGAGUCGAAACAAAGUACCUCCAACCGGUCCAAGGAGAGGUACGAAUGCUGCUCCUGAAAAUAAAAUUGAAAAUGGUGGCUCAUCACCUCUCCCACCUGGAUGGACAGCUAUCAUGUCUAAAUCUCAUAACAGGCAUUUCUUUUUCCAUAAAGAAAGCAACACGACUGUAUGGGAGAAACCAUCUAACACAAACUCAACCACUCAAGAUCAAGAACAAGUUCAACCUCAAUCACCUCCUCUCGCCACUACACAGGAAAACGUACCUGGUACAAUCGAAGAACCGCAAACUCAAGACGUAUCUUUGGCUGGACAAGUACAGAAUAACUCCAGUGGUAAUAACGUUUCUUCAGCGCAUAACUCUCGUUUGUCAAAACAACCUCCUUCUGGUCCUGCAAGACGUGAUCUCCCAUCACAACAGGAUGUACGUGGAGUAGAAGGGAAACCCCAUUAUGAUAAGUAUUGGGCACAGAGAGAUACGUCUUCCCACCCCAGUCAACAGAGCCAAACUCAAGAUAGACGAAGACCAAGGGAUCUUUCGCCUGGAGUUAAUAGAACGGGAUACGAUAGUCGACAAGGUGAUAGAGACUACAAACGAUUCAAGGGUGACGAUGAACGAAGAGCUGGUCCAGGGGAAAUUAGACGACAACAUGGUCCACCACCGAUCACUACCAGCAACUCCAGGCCAGCGGAUGUCCGUGAUUCACGAUCGUCUCAAGCGCCACCUAGCUCCGCUCCUGCUGAUGAUCCUAGAACAAGACCUUAUAAUGGUGCUUACGUCCCGCCAGUAGUCAAAUAUUCCAAUCAAACUCGCCCUCGAUCGCCUUCUCCACCUCCUCGUGGAAGUUCUGCCCCCUACAGACCACCCCCAUCAUCGAGGUAUUCAAGAGAUUCCAGAGGUCCACCGAGAGAUGAAGUUUAUUCUAGAUCACCGUUGCCUCCACCUUCGCGUGGUCAUGAUUAUCCUUCGUACCCCUCUAGAGGACCGCACCGCCCACCUGCAGUAGAUGAAGCGGAGAUUGAACGUGCUAAGAUCAGAGAAGAAGCUAGGAAAGCGCAAGAGAAGCUUGAGUUCCUCAAACAGGCUGAAGCGAGGUUGGAAAGGGAGAUGAGUGAGAAGAGGAAUGAUCCGUAUACUUCCAGAGGUCCUGGUCCAAGGAGAGGUGGUCCCCCUUACGACAGUCGAUCUGGUCCACCUUCAUCGUAUGAUCAAGAUAGACGACCAUACCCACCUAGAGAACAUAGUUCGAGACCACCCGAACCAUCAAGAUACGAUCGAAAGCCAUCUUAUGGCAGUUCGAGAGGAUACGAUAGUCGACCUCUACCCGCUUCCAGAGGUGUAUAUGCUGAAUCGACAAGAGGAGGGUAUGAUGAUAGAUCGACAAGAGGUGGAUAUGGAUAUGAUACUCGACCUCCUAGAGGUGCUUCUCCACCACCUUUCAGCGGUAGACCACGAUCGCCACCUCCCCCUUCCGGAGGUAGAUACUCCGAUUCGAGGAGAUCACCACCUCCACCGUCGUUUGCAUCGAGGUUAGGUCCAAGAUCGGACCAUGGGUAUGGCGGAGGCGAUAGAGAUCUGGCUAGUAGACUUGGACCGGGGAGAGGCAGAGGGAACGAAUUGGCUGCUGAACCUAUGUCUGAUCGAAGAUCGCCACCUCCUCCUCCCUCUUAUAGGGGUGCUGGUGCUAGACCAUUAGCGGAGAGGAUGUCGAUUGAUAGAGAUAGAGAACGAGGUGGGAGGUAG